ACUUUGACUAUGUAUUUUCAACAGUACUGGAGAGAUAAGAGGCUGGCUUACGCUGGCAUACCUCUCAACCUCACGCUUGAUAACCGAGUGGCCGAUCAACUCUGGGUGCCUGACACUUACUUCUUAAAUGACAAGAAAUCAUUUGUGCAUGGCGUUACCGUGAAGAAUCGAAUGAUUCGCCUUCACCCAGACGGAACGGUGCUUUACGGCCUCAGAAUCACAACCACUGCAGCUUGUAUGAUGGACUUGAGAAGAUACCCAUUAGAUGAACAAAACUGUACUCUGGAAAUAGAAAGCUAUGGCUACACAACCGAUGACAUAGAGUUCUACUGGAGAGGUGGAGAUAAUGCAGUCACUGGCGUGGAGAGGAUUGAGCUUCCUCAGUUCUCCAUUGUGGAAUAUAGACUGGUGUCAAAGAAUGUUGUCUUUGCCACAGGUGCCUAUCCAAGACUCUCACUGAGCUUCAGGUUGAAGAGAAAUAUUGGAUACUUUAUUCUUCAAACCUACAUGCCCUCCAUACUGAUUACCAUUUUAUCAUGGGUGUCAUUCUGGAUCAAUUAUGAUGCAUCAGCAGCAAGAGUUGCCCUUGGAAUUACAACUGUGCUGACUAUGACAACAAUCAACACUCAUCUGCGAGAGACUUUGCCUAAAAUUCCGUAUGUUAAAGCCAUUGACAUGUAUCUUAUGGGCUGCUUUGUAUUUGUCUUCUUGGCCUUACUUGAAUACGCCUUUGUCAACUACAUUUUCUUCGGAAAAGGCCCUCAAAGGCAGAAGAAACUUGCAGAAAAAACAGCAAAGGCAAACAACGAUCGCUCAAAGUUUGAAGGCAACCGGGUUCGUGAGCAAAGCCUGGUGGAUACCCAUGGAAACAUUCUGCUAACGUCGCUUGAAAUUCACAACGAGGUGGCAAGCAACGAGGUCACCACCAGCGUUACGGAUGCCAGAAAUUCAAUGAUAUCCUUUGACAACUCAGGAAUCCAGUACAGAAAACAAAGCUCACAUCGCGAAAGCCUUGGAAGGCGUUCGUCAGAAAGAACAGGCUCCCACAGCAAGAGGGGCCAUUUACGAAGAAGGUCUUCGCAAUUGAAAAUAAAAAUCCCUGAUCUAACAGAUGUGAAUGCCAUCGACAGAUGGUCAAGAAUGGUGUUUCCAUUCACAUUUUCUCUUUUCAACUUAAUUUACUGGCUAUACUAUGUUAACUGAGUGACUGAACUUUUUUAAAGGACUUCAAUUACAACAAGUGAAGUACUACUUGCCUGCAGAGUUUAUAUAUAUAUUUAUAUAUUAAAAUAUAUAUAUAUAUGAACUUUUACUAUGUAGACCAUACUCAUGUAUGUGUGAAUACGUAUACCAAAAAAUUGUGUGUAUAUAAAAGCACACACUGCAAAGCAAAAGUAUAUGUAUGCACACACACAUGUACACACAUUCGUUCUGAGGUUAUGGACACUUUAACAUAGAAUGCACUUCAGAGGAACUUUUUAAAUCGAAAGGCAGGUGUCGUCAAAACAACAAGCCUUGAGAAAGUAAGUGUUGUAUAUUAUCACUACAAAACUUUGAUUGUCAUAGAAGUUUUCAAACAGCUGUAAUUGUGUAUAAAGUCAGUAUUUAGUAACAUUGUUUGUAAAUGCUGCCAUACACGCUAAUCAUAAAGUGGUAGAGUUACACUGGUAAGUUUAAAAUAAGUCAUUUAUAUUGCCGAUCCAUCAAGUACGAUUUCAUCAAGCCAAAUUUAUUUUUCUUUGCUAAAAUUUCUUGGGUUUAUAGAUGUCAUAAUACAUUUGUUCCCAGUCCUGAACGGGCAUCGUUUUUAAUGAUCUCUUGCUUUCUCUUCUGCAGUAAGCAAGCUGAUCGUGGGAGUGUUGCUCUAGGUCUUUGGAGACAUAUACAUGUUCAUAAUAUUUCAAACAAGUAUUUUAAGUGUCCAUCAACAGCGAAAUGAAUCUUUUGUAAGUACUGUAAAUGUACAGCACAUUUUCCUUCCCUUGGACUGGUUCCAGCUGCCAUGUCAUUUUGAAA